GAGCAGCUAAAGAGAUAGCACUUCAUAAAGACCCUGCUUUAAGCUGGCAGAACCUUGGUCAUACUGCUUCACUGAAGAUUGCUGUCCCUUGUCUGUUACAAAGGAUCACAACACAACUUCAGAGGAUGCUGGUGUUGUGUGACUUUCCAAAAAAUUUGUAUGAAAAGUUUGUUAAUUUUUUUCAGUCCAUCUCACUUCCUUGUCAUUGUUUUGGCUUCUCAAAUAGCUUGAAUGUUGUGCCGUGGGACCAUGUAUUACUGACCACUGUUUUGAAAGGCCAGAACAUCACUGGUCAAAGAACACAGAAAGGAAGAAAAGUAUUCCUGUGGGAAACACUGCCUGUUAUAGAGGCUCGAGUGGAGAAAUUAGUAGACAAAAAGAACUAUAAAGAAGUUGUUCGCUACCUGAGAGCUGUGAAAUGCAAUGAUACCAAAGGAUUAAGAGACCUUCGAGAUAAAAUCCCAUUCUAUUUGUGUAAAACUGGAGACUUCCUCGAUGCUGCGCAUUCGCUGUUGUUUCCCGUCAAUAGCCUCGCCUGCUGUACUGCCUGCCGGAUAACGCCUUUUCAGUUCGAGGUCUACCUGAAGAUGUUCAGAACAGGCAGUGUUCCCACUGGAAAGGAUAUGCUAGACCCUGGGCCCUGGAUUACAGUUGGGUCUCCCUUGAAAGACGGUGUUCUAAUUAAGCAGGCGCUCAAACUCCUUUACAGCAAUGUGUCGCUCUACAGGAAUCCUAAAUGCUGGAGUUCCCUCAUCAUGAUUUUGGGUAGUAGCAGUUUGCUGGAAAAAAGUGGACACCUACAUCCCCUGUCCCUGAAAGAACCACCACUUGACUUCCAAAAGGGAGUGCUCGCUGCCAGCGGUGGCCUUUUGGAGGAACUGAAGGCAAAAAUUAAUGUUUCUUUACCACCUGCUAUUUUCUCUCCUCAUUUGCACCAUGAGGCUUGUCUUAUUCUCGCAGUGCAAGCAGUACAACAGAUGCUUUUUUGUGAUCUUCCGUACUUGACUUCCUUCUUAGAGAUAGCCCUGGCUUUUGGGAAUAACUUCUGGGCUCUGAGGCUGUUAUUGGACCAUCUUUCCUACGAAGAACAUGUUCUCCAUGGCACUGUCAACCUGAUUUUGAGAGAUCUAAAUUGUCAGAAAGCCACAAUGCUAAAACUGUGGCAAAACCUUGGUCCCCAGUACGUGGGUGAAUUCCUUUGCCUAUUCCUGACGUGCAGACAUAAGAAGAUGCAAUCCAUUGGCCUGUUCACGCUGAAUAUUAUCACAGAGAACCUGCAUAU